ACCAACGCGUGCAUGAUCGGUAUAACGGAACUACUAAUGAAAAGGCGUGAUGUCAAGCCGCUGUCAGUGUCACGGGACCGAGGGAAUGUGCCAUGCGCUUGGCGUACGCGCUCGUGAAUGACCAUCCUCCCGAUCGGACGGCGUGGAUAGAUGAAGCGUUGAUUUUGCUGCAUAGAUCAGUUACCGAGCGUCAUUCGUCGUCUCGCAUGCACCCUAUGAGGAAUUGUGAGAAAUUAUUGUAGAUGCCGGCUUGAAGCUUACAGGACGACUCCGCAGCAUUCAUUCCGAUGUGGAUCUAUCCGCCAAAACUGAGCUGAACGCAGCAUCUUCACAGAACUGUUUUAUCAGAACAUUUAAAUAUCAUCUUCUGUUUUCUCUUGGAUUAUAGAAACAUGUGAAGACCCUGCUGAGAAAUUGGACUACAGAGCUUGCUUUGACACAACAAGAAGAAGGCUUUUGCCAUCUGAUAUUCCUCUUUGUUUUUAUCCUUUUCACCUUGCAGGUCCCUCAGACAAUGGGGGGACAGCAGGCUUCGCAGAGGACUUUGAAUCAAAGCCCUACAUGGGGCUUCACAUGGUCCUGGUUGUUAUUUUUAGUCUUGCCACUAGUGUGCAGUGAACAGACCUUCACAACCUUCCACCCUGAGCGACGGGAAUGGGCUUUCAACCACCUAACGGUUCACAAGACGACAGGGGCGCUCUACAUCGGUGCCGUCAACCGUGUCUACAAGUUAUCUGGCAACCUAACUCUUCUAGUGUCCCAUGAUACCGGUCCUGAAGAUGACAACAAGGCCUGUUACCCUCCCCUCAUCGUUCAGCCAUGCAGUGAACCGCUGGUUUCAACUAACAACAUAAACAAACUCUUGCUCAUUGACUACUCUCAGAACAGGUUGCUCGCGUGUGGUAGUCUUUACCAAGGUGUUUGCAAACUGCUUCGGUUGGACGAUCUCUUUAUCCUAGUGGAACCAUCUCAUAAAAAAGAGCACUACCUCUCCAGCGUCAACCAGACAGGCACCAUGUACGGGGUCAUCGUGCCUUCACAGGGCAAGGAUGGAACUCUCUUCAUCGGCACGGCUGUGGAUGGGAAGCAAGACUACUUUCCAACCAUCUCCAGCCGCAAGCUUCCUCGUGACCCGGAGUCCUCUGCUAUGCUGGACUACGAGCUCCACACUGACUUUGUUUCAUCACUCAUCAAGAUCCCCUCAGACACCCUGGCAUUGGUCUCUCAUUUCGAUAUCUACUACAUCUACGGCUUUGCCAGUGGCAACUUCGUCUACUUUCUAACCGUGCAGCCAGAAACGCCCGAGAAUAGCAUGUCUUCCAGCGGCCCCUCCAGUGAUCUCUUUUACACUUCCCGCAUCGUCCGACUCUGCAAAGAUGACCACAAAUUCCACUCCUAUGUGUCGCUGCCUAUAGGUUGUGUCCGGAAUAGAAUGGAAUACCGGCUUCUGCAAGCCGCCUACCUGGGCAAGCCCGGACGGGUGCUAGCCGCGUCCCUCAACAUUAGCGCUCAGGAUGAUGUGCUGUUCGCUGUCUUUUCCAAAGGUCAGAAACAAUAUCACCACCCGCCGGAUGACUCGGCCCUUUGCGUGUUUUCCAUCCGGGACAUCAACGCUCGAAUCAAAGAGCGCAUGCAGUCUUGCUACCAGGGAGAGGGGAACCUGGAGCUCAACUGGCUUCUUGGAAAAGAUGUACCUUGUACCAAAGCGCCUGUCCCUAUUGAUGACUCCUUCUGCGGUUUGGACAUCAACCAGCCUCUUGGCGGCUCUCAGCUGGUGACCGGACACGCACUUUAUACGGAGAGCAGGGAUCGCAUGACCUCGGUGACAUCCUACGUCUACAACGGUUACUGCGUGGCUUUCGUUGGCACCAAGAGCGGACGACUAAAGAAGAUCCGGGUGGAUGGUCCUCCUCAUGGUGGGGUCCAGUAUGAAACUCUGCAGGUAAUGAAAGACGGAAGCCCCGUCCUCAGAGACAUGGCGUUCUCCCUGGACAACAGCUACAUCUACGUCAUGUCGGAGAGACAGGUGACACGGGUGCCGAUCGAGUCCUGCGAGCAGUACGGCACUUGUGGAGAGUGUUUGAGCUCUGGAGAUCCUCACUGUGGUUGGUGUGUGCUGCAUAACAUGUGUUCACAAAGAGACCGUUGUGAGCGAGCGAAUGAGCCGUACCGCUUUGCAGCCACGCUGAGCCAGUGUGUGAAAGCCACGGUGUACCCGGACAGCAUCGCCGUGUCUGAACCAAGUGUACCGCUGCUGGUGAAAGUGACGGACGUUCCGGAUCUUUCCGCUGGAAUCACGUGCUCUUUUGGGAACCUGACGGAGGUUGAGGGAAGAGUGGAUGGGAACCAGAUUCUGUGUAUAUCUCCUGCCGCCAAAGAUGUUCCCAUCAUCCCCACCGAUCAAGACUGGUCUGGUGUGGAGCUCAGAUUGAACUCGAAGGAAACGGGUCAGAUGCUGAUCAGCACUGAAGUGAAGUUCUACAACUGCAGUGUGCACCAGCUAUGUCUUUCAUGUGUGACCAGUUCCUUUCGAUGCCACUGGUGCAAAUAUCGAAACCUCUGCACUCAUGACCCCUCCAGCUGCUCCUUCCAGGAGGGACGCGUCAACGCUUCGGAGGACUGUCCUCAGUUGGUCCGCUCUGAGGAGAUUCUGAUACCGGCAGGAGAGGUGAAGCCCAUUACGCUGAAAGCCCGGAAUCUUCCUCAGCCCCAGUCGGGUCAGCGCGGGUACGAGUGUGCGUUACACAUACAAGGAGUCAGUCACAGAGUGACCGCUCUCAGGUUCAACAGCUCCAGCGUGCAAUGCCAAAACAGCUCGUAUUUGUAUGACGGCUUGAGAAUCAGCGAGCUGCCGGUGGACUUCUCUGUGGUGUGGAAUGGAAACUUUAUCAUUGAUAAUCCUGAGAAUAUCAAAGUGCACCUGUACAAGUGUGGCGCUCAGAGGGACAGCUGUGGUGUGUGUCUGAAGGCGGAGAGGAAGUUUCAGUGUGGUUGGUGUAGUAUGGAGGGCCGCUGCACCCUACGCCAGCACUGUCCCAUGUCCAACCCCUACACCAGCCGCUGGCUGCACCUCGGCAGUACCAACGUGAAGUGCACCAACCCACGAAUCACAGAGGUGACACCAGUGGCCGGACCACCUGAAGGGGGCACUAGAGUGACUAUCCGCGGCAUCAAUCUCGGUCUGUCCUUCUCCGACAUGAUAAACAACGUACAGGUGGCAGGAAUCCAGUGCACCCCGAAAGAGGACGGCUACAUCAUCGCUGAACAGAUCGUGUGUGAGAUGGACGCAGCACCUGUGGAAAGUAAACCCGGCCCGGUCCAUUUGUGCGUAGGGGAGUGUAGACCUGAACUACAGACUCGCUCUUCUCAGCUGUAUUCCUUUGUGAUGCCUUCUAUCACAGGGUUGGUCCCCAGUCGAGGCCCUGAGUCUGGUGGAACUAAAGUCACUAUAAUCGGGGAGAAUCUGGGGGCCGGCAGCAGCGUCACAGUGCUUUUCGGGAACCAGACCUGCGAGUUUUAUGAGCGAACUAUGACCGAGAUUGUGUGUUACUCCGCCCCCUCCCAGACGGGGGUGGGGCCUGUUCAGAUUGCCGUGAGUGUGGAUCGUGCCCAGGUCAGGGAGAGCUUGACCUUUGAAUAUAUAGAUGAUCCUACUGUUCAACGCAUUGACCCAGAAUGGAGCAUCGCAAGCGGACACACGCCUCUGGUGGUGACCGGGAUGAACUUGGAUGUCAUACAGGAGCCGAGAAUUCGGAUCAAGUAUGGCGGACGGGAAUCAGUAAAUGUGUGUAAGGUUCUGAACGUGACUACCAUGAACUGUUUCGCUCCCUCGCUGAAUGCCGAGUACAGGCCGAGUUUGGACUCGGUGAAGCACGCGGACGAGUUCGGCUUCAUCUUCAAUAACGUCCAGGCCCUUCUGGUGUACAACAACACUAACUUUCUGUACUAUCCUAACCCUUACUUUGAACCUCUGAGCACCAACGGCAUUCUGGAACAAAAGCCAGGGUCCCCUAUUAUUCUAAAGGGUAAAAAUCUGGUUCCUUCCGCAUCCGGUGUAAAGCUCAAUUACACCGUUCUGAUUGGAGAGACUCCCUGUUCUGUCACCGUGUCUGAGACUCAACUGUUGUGCGAGCCCCCUAAUCUCACCGGCCAAUACAAAAUCAUGGUGCAAGUCGGAGGGCUGCACGUGUCACCCGGCUCAGUAAACAUUCUCUCCGACAGUCUACUGACCCUUCCUGCUAUCGUCAGCAUCGCUGCGGGCGGCGGCCUUCUUCUCAUCAUUGUCAUCCUCGUGCUUAUCGCCUACAAGCGCAAGUCUAGAGAGAACGACUUAACGCUUAAGAGACUGCAGAUGCAAAUGGACAACCUGGAGUCGAGGGUGGCGCUGGAGUGCAAGGAAGCUUUUGCGGAGCUGCAGACGGAUAUUAAUGAGUUAACCAGUGAUCUGGACCGAGCUGGUAUCCCAUAUCUGGAUUACCGCACGUAUGCCAUGAGAGUGUUAUUCCCUGGGAUCGAAGACCAUCCUGUGCUCAGAGAACUGGAGGUCUCUGGUAAUGGGCAGCUUAGUGUGGAAAAAGCUCUGAAAGUAUUUGCCCAGCUGAUGAACAACAAGGUGUUUUUGUUGACGUUCAUCCGGACGCUGGAAAUGCAACGCUCCUUCUCCAUGCGUGACCGUGGCAACGUGGCGUCGCUCAUCAUGACGGCUCUACAGGGUCGGCUGGAGUAUGCGACGGAUGUGCUCAAACAUCUGCUGUCCGACCUCAUCGAGAAAAACCUGGAGAGCAAGAACCAUCCCAAACUACUGCUCAGAAGGACAGAGUCUGUAGCUGAGAAGAUGCUCACCAACUGGUUUGCUUUCCUGCUUCAUAGGUUCCUAAAGGAGUGUGCGGGUGAGCCUCUCUUCAUGCUGUAUUGUGCUAUAAAACAACAGAUGGAAAAAGGCCCGAUCGACGCCAUCACAGGAGAGGCCCGAUACUCCCUCAGCGAAGACAAACUUAUCCGACAACAGAUCGACUACAAGACGCUGAUCUUAAACUGCGUCAACCCGGAGAAUGAGAACAGCCCAGAAAUCCCAGUCAAGGUCCUGAACUGUGACACCAUCACACAAGUCAAAGAGAAAAUCCUGGACGCUGUGUAUAAGAACAUGCCAUACUCACAGAGACCCAAAGCUGUGGACAUGGACUUGGAGUGGCGACAGGGACGCAUGGCCCGGGUGGUCCUGCAGGAUGAAGACAUCACCACUAAGAUUGAAAAUGACUGGAAGAGACUGAACACGCUCAUGCAUUAUCAGGUGUCGGAUCGCUGUGUGGUCGCUUUGGUACCCAAGCAGACGUCCUCCUACAACAUUCCACCCACAACAAGCAUCUCCCGGACCUCCAUAAGCAGAUAUGACUCGACAUUCCGUUACACUGGAAGCCCGGAUAGCCUGCGCUCCCGCGCUCCCAUGAUCACACCUGACCUGGAGAGCGGAGUCAAGGUCUGGCAUCUGGUGAAGAACCACGAGCAUGGAGACCAGAAAGAGGGUGAUCGUGGCAGCAAGAUGGUAUCGGAGAUCUACCUCACCCGCUUGCUUGCUACUAAGGGUACACUGCAGAAGUUUGUUGACGACUUGUUCGAGACUCUCUUCAGCACUGUGCACAGAGGUAGCGCUCUUCCGCUAGCUAUCAAAUACAUGUUUGACUUCCUGGAUGAACAGGCAGACAAGCACGGCAUCCAUGACACAGACGUCCGCCACACCUGGAAGAGCAACUGCCUUCCUCUGCGUUUCUGGGUGAAUGUGAUCAAGAAUCCGCAGUUUGUUUUCGACAUCCACAAGAGCAGCAUCACAGAUGCGUGUCUGUCCGUGGUGGCCCAGACCUUCAUGGAUUCAUGUUCCACAUCUGAACACAGAUUGGGCAAAGACUCGCCCUCAAACAAGCUGCUUUAUGCUAAAGACAUCCCCAACUACAAGAACUGGGUAGAAAGGUACUACGCUGACAUCAACAAACUGCCAGCCAUCUCCGAUCAGGACAUGAAUGCGUAUUUGGCUGAACAGGCACGACUUCACUCCAGUGAAUUUAACAUGCUCAGUGCCCUCAACGAGAUUUACUCCUACAUUAGCAAGUACAGCGCAGAGAUCACGGCUGCAUUGGAACAAGAUGAGACAGCGAAGAAACAGCGUCUGGCCUACAAGGUGGAGCAGCUCAUUGGUGCCAUGUCAUUGGAGAGCUGAGAGGAAAUCCGAGCUGGAGCGAAGGACGAGAAACGUUCGCUCAACAUCAUCCAAAGCCUCUCCACAUGAGAGCAAAAUACACUGGCUAGAGACCUUACCACAUAGCUUGUGCUUUUUCUAAAGUUUUUUGAACAGGUUACCUUUUCGAAACCAAUGGACAAUUAUUCGAUUGAAGCCGGCCACGUGGCUUUAAUCGAGUGAAGGAAAUCAAGAGCGAAAACUACGUAAACUUCUGUUUUGCGUCUAAAACUUUUGUUUUCAAAACAGCAAAGUGGGGCGAACACCUUCCUGGACUGGUUUUGUGUGUUUCUGUCUGUCUGGCUGAUUUGUUUGACGUUCCUUGAUGGGUGCAAGAAUCCCUAAAUGAUUUCUGGAUACUUCCUCUAAAAACGUGCUUGCUGAAGUGGAUUCGACGGGAACCGGACUUCUACUGCCUCGCCGUUACGGCCCAGCUGAUGGCUUUUACUUCCAAAUUUUAUUUUUAUACAUGAGUUCUGUUGCAGUUGCCUCUCGAGUCUUAACAGCAUAGUGACGCUUGCAUAGAUCAUCAGUUUCGGUGUGAUGAAACGUCUCUUUCUGUCUCCGGAAAGCGGCGGCUGCUACCAACACGCGUGUGCAUGUCGACACGCCAGGACAGAUUUGCAGUUUUGUGUCUCUCUUGCUUUAGAGACCACGGGGAACUAUUCAGCUCAUCUGGGAGAAAAUAAAGCUCUCAGUUAAGUUCAACCAGCAUGUCCGUUUGCCCCAAAAUUCCAGCGAAAGCGGACGAACAAACUGUGCUCUGCGGUCUCUCUGUGUGUAUACUGUAUGUCCUGUUUUCUACAUGUAAGCGUAUGUGAAUGUACAAACGUAACUCUAUUUUGUCUUUGCAAUUUUCAUUGCUUUUAUAAAAGCGGGAGACAGUUGAGCUGAUCUCCCGACGGCACGUCCCGAAGAACUGAUGCGCUCCAUAACAGCUGCCGAAAUUCUUGUACGGACGCAGCGACGAGUAGCACCAUCAGCUGAAACCGCGAACUGAGGAUUUGUCAUCAUCUUACCAGAGAGUAUUAAUUAUUAUGUAUGGUCCAAUGUGUGUGUAGUCUGCAUGCAUUAUACAGUACCUCAUAUUUAAAAUUUCAUCUCCAUUCUCAUACGCUCCUACAUUCAAGUGCCAAGAGGUCAAUGAGUUGUGGAUGACUCGGAGUACAGCCGAUGAUGUAAUAUACCGUGUCACUUCCUUUCUGUACUUCCCAGUCUGGACCCGUGGGGAUUAAGUGCCAAAAGAUCACUUGUAAUGAUGCACACACUUGUCGGUUGAUGCUUUAUUAAGGGAACAAACCCUUCGAAGGUCAAUGGCACAGUUGUGUAUGGGGCGAUCGCUCUGAUCACUUGCAAAUUCAGGUACGAAAAGAUCAUGCUCGGAAAACUGUAAAUGUUGUAUUAGUUGAAUACUUCAAAUGUCUGAAAGCUGGAUAUGCUGAGUGUUUUCUUCCCAGUUUUUUUCCCCUCAUCUGACGUGAAACGUCAACAGAAAGCUUGACAAAAGAGAACAUAGCUUUCAUUUAUGAUGCAUGAUGGCAAGUAGAGUUGUUUUUCAAGAUCAUCCCAACCAAAAUAGACAAGGUCGUUCGGGUCGGAGUCAGCUUGGGUUCACACAGUUAUUAAGGGAGAGCCCUGUGGGAGCCGAGACCAAACUCAAAAGGAUGAUGCUUCUCUCUUCACGGCUAUUUUAACCUCAGACUCCCUUCACCCUUACCUGUUAUAUCCAAUCGAAACGACUCAAAUGUUUUGUUUUUUUCCUGUGGCCUUAAAUGAUUUGAUAUUUUUGUGUCGAGUUUUCUGUCUUUGUUAACUGUGUUUGAGACUGAUCCGAUGACUGGCAUGAAUGAAACGACGAAACAGGACAAAGGAGGCGUGGCCUCUCUCCGACUGUGUCUCGCAGAGUAUUCGAGAAGCAUAGGAAUGAGAUGGAGAGACAGACCCCUUUAGCUUCAGAUUUCUCCUGCUGCUUUGAAGCUCGGCUUUGAUCUUCAGCAGUCGUGUGCACAGUGUGAUCGGGAGAUAAAAAAUACACAUCAAAAAUAGGAGCCGGUGCAAGAGAUUACAAAUGAAGGGCGAUGUGAUUGACAGUGAAUUGAUCUGUAAGGGUAUGGAAAAGAAUGGGAAUUUCACUCUUCCUGAACAACCACGCAUUCCUCUACCAUCUACACAAUGUAUGGUCACUGUAUAUUAUGUGGCUUAUACGCUGCGAGAAUUUUUUUUUCUUAAUCUUUCUCGUUUUCCAUCUGAACAUCCGAAAAACGAGACAAAUGGAAGUGUAAAAAAGUUACACUGAAAUGUGAUUUAUGCAAAUGAUAAUUUGCCUAUGGGAUGAUAUACCUACAUUGAGAUAGUGUUUAAUCUGAAAUCAGUUAUUUUAGAUUAGUUUUGCCUCUCACGUUUAUAUUGAUGUCCGGAGUUUUUAACUGAAAAACGAGACAAAACACUGAUUAAGGAAAUUGUGUUUUUGCAGCGUAUGUGAAUUCACAAGUUGUGUCUCAUGUCAGCGACAUGAAGAGACAUGAUGAAGCUUCCUACAUUUGAUUAUCCACAGUCUUCCCUCUUGUACAUUCAUCCGAGCUCAUCCGGACUCUCUAAGGACAAAAGUAUUUCAGAAACCUUCUGUUGACCUCGAUGUCCUUGCAGUUUUCCCAGGAUGUGGCUUGAAACCUUUUAAUAUUAAUGUGAACCCCGUCGCUGCCACAUUGGUCAAGGAGGUACGACUCUCCUGGCGCAAAAAGAACGGCGUAUUUCUCUGUCCAAAAAAUUUGCGGCACAGAAAAUUGCACUUUGUUGAGAAAUAUUCGGUAUCUUAAUGCUUAUUUAUUAGAAAACAUUCGAUCCCCUCUGAAAAAAAAUUACGUUUUCAUUUUUUUUGCGCUAUUCUGCAGAGCGGAAUGAAAUUCUACAGCACUGGGCAGCUUUGAGAAAUGUCAGCAGUCAUCUGCUUUUAUAUUUGGCACGAAUCGAGAGUCAAUUUUGUGCACUUUUAUCUUUAUAGUUCAUGUGAUGGAAUAGCAUGCUACAAACAAGUGAAAUGUUCAUAUUCUCUUCAUAUUACCGAUUGUCGUUCCGAGGAAACAAAACCGAGACGAACGCGUUUUUGUAGUCGCCGCGCAGGUGAACAUCCUUCCAUUUUUGAUCACGCUAAAUUAUAAACAAAUCUCUCUUUGUAGACACUGGAGCUCUGUAACAUAGUACAUAGAAAUAAUAAUGACCUCGAUAAUAAUAACGCUUAUGGAUGUCUGUUCUUGUUGUUUUUUAAGUGUUGUGAAAAUUGUAAGAGAGUAUUUAAAAAGAAAAAAAGUUGGUCUUGUUUUUUUAAUUGAUUUUGUUUUGUUAUAUUAUAUUACUGUGUACCUAUUGUAAAUAUGAAGCACACCUAUUUUGCAAGCCAAGGAUUCACUUUGUACUGUUGUUAUAUAUAAAUAAAAUUUACUGGUUAAAAA